UAAAGAGAAAGAUGGCUCCCACCAUCCAAAGACCGGGGGGUCCAGGAGUUCCUGCUAAAACUCGUCAGCAGGACGGAGAGGACAGACGAGCCGAUCUGAUAUGUAGAGUGAAGUACUCCAAUACACUACCGGAUAUUCCAUUUGAUCCUAAGUUCAUUGCAUAUCCGUUUGACAGCCAGAGGUUUAUCAGUUAUAAUCCGACAGGGUUGGAGAGAAGUUAUAAGUAUGAUCUGUUGACUGAGCAUGAUCUAGGAGUAACUAUUGACCUGAUCCUACCCGAAACCUACGAGAUGGAACCGGGAAGCUCGGAGUAUCUGGAUCCAUCAGAUGAGAAACUUCUAGAGGAAGAAUUUAAUACCUUGCACGAUAAAAAAAGAGCCAUGAGACAUUCCCAGCCGUUAUCCUGGAUGAGAAAACCUGACUACAUCUCCACCGAGCAGACUAGGUACCAGCCAACUACUAUCGAGAAGAUAGAAUCCGAUAUCGGGUUCCACGUCAAGAAAAAGAUGAAUGUCGACGACAUGUACAUGGACAAGGAUUCCCAGAUUCGUGCCAUUGAGAAAACGUUUGAUGAUGCUCGGGAACCUAUUGAGAAGCAUCACAGUAAGGCCAAUGUGUUUGCUGUUGAGGAGUAUACGAUACUUCCAGACUCAGAUAUGUGGAAAUAUCCCUGCGCUCAGGUAAUAUUUGAUACUGAUCCUGCUCCAAAUGGUGUUGCUCCAGCCCAGCAAAUGGAGAUGAUGGCCCAGGCCAUGAUUCGUGGUGUUAUGGACGAAUCAGGAGAACAGUUCGUCGCUUACUUUCUACCAACGGACGAAACCCUGGAGAAGAGACAAGAAGAUUUCAGAAAGGAUGUUGAUUACCGUGAGGAGGAGGAGUACGAGUAUAAGAUGGCGAGGGAGUACAACUGGAACGUGAAGAGUAAGCAGAGCAAGGGAUACGAGGAGAACUUCUUCUUCCUUUUCAGGGAUGACGGAGUUUACUUCAAUGAACUGGAGACCAGGGUUAGAUUGAGUAAGAGAAGACUAAAGGCUGGACAACAGAUUGGAAACAGUAAACUUGUUGUAAAGCACAGAGCCCUGAACAAACAAGAAUUGAAGAUGCAGAAGUACAGAGAGAGAAACCUAGAACAUCUCCAGGAGGAGGACGAUAUGUCUGAUGAAGAAGACGAGGAUGAGGAGGAAGAAAGGUUGCCUGAAACCAGAUCAAGGUCUGGAUCCGGAUCCAGGUCCAAGUCCAGAUCACGCUCUGUAUCCAGAUCGAAAUCAAGAUCAGUUUCUAGGUCAAGAUCUAGAUCCAAGUCCAAAUCAAGAUCCGUGUCUAGAUCAGUUUCUAGAUCCGUCUCAAGAUCUGUCUCCAGGUCAAAGUCUCGCUCAGUUUCCAGGUCUGUUAGCCGCAGUAAAUCCAAGAGCAAAUCAAAGAGCAAAUCUAGAAGCAAAUCUAAGAGCAAAUCGAGGAGCAAAAGUCGGUCGGUUAGUCCUGCCAGAUCGAAAUCUGGGUCUAAAAGUCCCGCCAGGUCUAGAAGCGUAUCUCGUGCAAGCAGCAGAUCAGGCUCAGGGAGUCCCGGGAAGGCCAGCUCAAGAUCCAGGAGUUCAUCAAAGAGUGGUUCUGCCUCCGAUUAAUCAUGAAGACGAACAAUGUGUACAACGUAUUUAACCCGUUGAUGAAACGUAAUUUAGUUGUAAAAUUAUAUAAUAUUUGCAGGAACUAUAAACUCAUGCGUAAAGAAUAG